CAUGGUGGUUGAAUAAAGACGAGCAGCAGAAAGUUUACGGCUCGUGAAACUCUCAGAAUGAAUGGAACCGCAUACUCUAACUUUGACAACCAAGAACACGUCUUGAAACUCGGAGAUACGUUCGAGAAACACCCUAAAAGCGGAUUCCACACGGUGCGAUAUGACUUCAAACCAGCCUCCAUCGACACAACGUGUGAGGGGGAGCUGGAAGUGGGCAAAGGAGAGCAGGUCACCAUCACCUUACCCAACCUCGAGGGUUCUAGUGCACCUGUGACGGUCUUCAAGGGCUCCAAGAGGCCGUACAUGAAGGAAUGCAUCCUCAUCGUGAACCACGACACGGGAGAGUACCGGCUGGAGAAGCUCAACAGCAACAUCGCCGUGAAGAAGACCAG